CGCGCACACGAGCACGCCCAUCACCGUGCUUCAUUCAUGUUGGGAAGUCUGCAGCUCUGGCUGUACUUGUCUCGAGAAACAGUUGUUUGGUUUGUUAAAACGCGAAUUCAGCAAUGUCACCAAAGAGGUGUGUUUUUGGAUGUAAGGGAAAGAUUACCUUGUUCAGCUUCCCAAAGGACCCAGCGUUAAGGGAGCAGUGGAUGCAGUUUGUUUUCCCGGGGCAGCAGCGGAGUUGUGGAAGUUUGUUUGUUUGUUCCCGGCAUUUCAGUGACGAAUGUUUUACGAACAAGGCUCAGUUCGACGCUGGAUUUGCUGAUCGUUUAAGACUAAAAGAUGGAGCGGUCCCAUCGAUAAAACAUCCCGGUCAUGGGUCGGAACCGCAGGACGUGAGUAAAACUGCAUCAAAUAUGUUGAGCAUGAAAGCGCAGAUGGAUGUGAUCUGCUGUAAAUCAGUAGGAACUGAUCUGUCCAUGCUGGAUAUUGAGGAUUUCAUCAGUGAAAUCUGUCAGCUGAAGAAAGAGGUGGCGUCACUGGAGGCAAAGCUGAGAGAAAGAGGAGACAAACCCAACAGAGAGGAUUCAUUCUGGAGCGUCAGAAAUCAGAGAUCCAGAGACACACAGGACUCAGAGCUCAGCCUCACUUUACUGUGUUAUACUGACGCUCAGGAUCAUGGAUCCGCUGAUCAAACCUCUGACUGUAACGGCAAAGGAAACGAAACCACAGCGCAGGAACAACAACAGAGCCAUGAGGAGGAGAAGGAUGAAGGAAAUAAUGAGGAUGAUGGGAAUGAUGACAAGGAGGAAGAUGGGAAUGAUGACAAGGAGGAGUUUACUCCUGCAGAUGAUAACAGUGGUUCAUCUUCUGAUGGAGAUGAAGAAACAACAUCAAAAGAUCAGCUGAAGGUCAAGAGUUUUUCCUGCUCCACCUGUGGGAAAACAUUCAGAAUACAAGGACAUUUAGCGAGACAUGAGAGAAACCACAUGGAAGAGAGAGAUUUAACCUGCAUGAUUUGCGACAUCAGCUUUCCUACCUUAGAAGAGAAGAGAUGUCAUACAAAAGAGCACAACGUUAAGAAGGAGUUUCGCUGCGAACAGUGCGGGAAGGUGUUUUUCAUCACUCUUUAUAAUAUGAAAGCUCACAUAAGGAGACACACAAAGACUUUCCACUGUGGCGGGUGCAACAAGUAUUUCAGUACCAAACAUCACCUUGUUGUUCACAAGCGAACACACACGGGCGAAAGGCCGUACAAGUGCCCUCACUGCGAGAAGAGAUUCACAUACUUGGUCUCUCUGAAGGCCCAUUCACGUGUUCACACCGACGAGAGGCCGUACCAGUGCAGCGAAUGUGGGAAAACCUUUUCAAACUCAACUUCUCUGAAGUCACACCAAAAAAUGCACUCUGAAAAACAGUAUCAGUGUUCGUACUGUGAGAAACGAUUCCGUCACAAAUCUUAUUUGAUUUAUCAUGAGAGGAUUCACACUGGAGAGAAACCGUACCUGUGCUCCUACUGCGGGAAGAGCUUUGCUAAGCCGGGUGAAUUUGGAUAUCAUCAGAGAGUUCACACUGGAGAAAGACCGUAUCACUGCAGUGAUUGUGGGAAGAGAUUCAGUGUACUUAGUGCCUUAAAAAAGCACCAGAGGAUUCAUACAGGAGAGAAACCUUACCGCUGCUCCAUCUGUGGCGAGAGAUUCGCUUAUUUAGGUAGAUUUCGGACCCACCAGAAGAAACACGCUGAAGAACAAACUGCUCCAGAAUCAUCUUAGUGUCUUUUGGUGCCCUAAUAUACAUAAGUCGAUUGUUUAUAUUAUGUAUAUUACAUUGUGUGUUUUUCAAUAAAACCAUAUGCUAUUGAUAA